CGAUGUGACCGAGGGCGCUGUGUGUGCAUUAGAGGCUUUGUCGGCGAUAACUGUCAGAUAAAAGAUGAACCACCUAAACUGCUUCAGAUCCGAGGGACGAUGGAUCAGUUUCCGAAAGGGCUUCUAUGGAAGAAGCUGUUUUUCUGACUCUUAACAAACUCGGCUGCGUCUUGCCUGAUGCUGGCAUCAAAACAGAGAAGUCCAUCAAACGGUUUUAUAUCACGGCUACUAUCGAUGGCGAUCGCUAUAGCAACGCAGUGAACAUGACUGUCUACGACUCGUCCUGUCAGAGCUGUACACAGGAGGGAUGCCAGAAACUGCCAGACACGUGUCUGAUCAACAACCUGUGUUUCCAAGAUGGAGAACUCAAUCCGAAGGAUAACUCGCAGGUCUGCAAUGUUUCUGCGAGCACGACGGAGUGGUCUAUCGUGCCAACAGCUCCAUCAGACUAUCCGGUCAUCACAUCAGUGAACGUGAGGAGGUCAAAGGACAACACCCAGUUAAGAUGUGAGGUCAACGCUGAUACCUCAAAGCCCACAGCCAGCUUCCGGAUGGCCUGGGGUGUCGAUGGCGACUGGCUUCAAGAGUCGGUCCUCCCCAGUGGACAUCUGGAGGCUGCCAUCAACUUGUCUGACGUUAGUUACGCUAAACAGGUGACAUGUCGUGCACGUUCCACGUUCACCGACAGUGACAUCUUUAGUCCUUUCACCUACAGCAAUCCAUUCUCCAUGGAAGGACAGGCGCCAAUGUCAUCCACUGUGUCGUGGAGUAGGACACCCGACACACUUCACCUCACCCUCACCCUCCUUACAGCUCUGGGCUUUACAGGCAUGCUGUGGUCUGUAUAGGAAGACUGGCAAACCAUUACAUUAAUCUCUUGUGAAUAAACCAAUAUAAAUAUCCAGCCUGACUGGAAACAGUUUAACUUUAUAAACUACUGUAAGCUUUGGUUUUUUUUAUGUACUUAACUAAAAGAUGUGUAAUGUUCUCUUUUAUGUGGCUGUAUUGACAUGAAAAACUUUAUAUCUUCUUAUUAUUUGUGUUUUGGUAAAAUAUUCCUAUAGGGAUUAAAGAUGAUUAGAAAUUUAUCUUUGGGAACAGCGAAUUGGAAGAAAGUUAUACUGUAACAGCAUCACAUUGAUAUAACAGGAGGUUCCAUCGCACGUCUGACAUAGUGAGACACUGUUGUACUUAGCUGACUACCACCGAGACUGUAGUCAUUUAUUGCAGAAAUAACUGUAGAAUUUUACUGAUGUAUCUGUCAUAAUGACAUCAGUGAGCAUUAAAAUGCAGUAGAACCAUUGUCAUGUCGUAGCUGAGACAGGUCUUAGAGGGGAGAUCAACCAGUUCGCUUUCAUUCCAGGAACUUUAUAUGAUUUCAUACAUUUAUAAAUCCUCGUUCAUGUAUUUAAAUUUUGAAAUAAAGGUUUUAUAU